CCCAGAUCUGUAUCUCUUCCACAUCCCUAUUUCUUCUCCCAAGCAGCUUCUUCCACCAGACCACCACAACCUCUUCUCCUCCCCUUCGCACAGGAGCCCAGUCAUACCAUCGCAGCCUCUAUGGUGAAGACUACCGCCGCUAUGGUGAAGACCGCCGCCGCCGCCGCUAUGGUGAGGACCACCGCCGUUGUCAUGAAGUCAACCACCGUCGCCGCCGGAGUCUGUCUUCUCUUCUUCGAAUGUUGGCAUUUUGAUAACAAAAAAUUGGCAUUCGCAUAUGCUAGAUCUGCAACGGUAGAUGGCAGAUUUGCAGUAGCAUAUGCUGAAGUAGUUGUGAUAGUGUCCGGAUCUACAACUGCAGUGGUCGGUGGAUGGUAGAUCUGCCAAAUCUCUGGCGUUUCCCGCCAGAUCUGCAGCGGCUAUAGGCAUAUCAGCAGUGGCGGCAGAGAGAUCUGCAGCGGGGGUCAGUUCUGAUGUGGCGGCAACCGGCGGCGACCUGCGGCGACCUGCGACGACCGGCGGGAAGUGGUGGGCCGGCGUUUUGAUAGGCUGCAGCAUAAUUUUCCAGUUUCAAGGGCAUUUUUGUCUAAUUACAAAUAUUAACUCCUAUUUAUGACAUUUUUAUACUUUAG